GAUGGCUCCAAAUAGACCUUUUUUAAAGUCUCUCGGUAGGAAAAUAUCGCGUUUGCGCCGUAGCUCGGCAAUACGUCAGGUGAAACGCAGCCUUGCUGGGUUUACUCUGGGUCUGUUCCUCGCUUCAGUGUACGGUAUGACAGCGCUGUUCAUCCAGAACAACGAUCUCUGGUUCUGCGUCACCACUACCGGCAUCCUCGCCGCUUUUGCGGGGUUUGGAACGGGUCUCUCCGACCGCGUGCGCACCAACGUCAUGCUGAUGAUCCCAAUGCUGUGCUCGAUCAGGGGUAAAAAUUUCCUUCUUUUCCUCAUCUGUACCUUGGUUAUCCAUGGCCCCGUGAGCAACACGAUGGAGAAUGUUGAACGGGCCGCAGACAGUGUGAUCUGUGGUGCAGAACUUGCCAUGAAUCAGACCCAACAACUCCUGCAGCGUGCCGCCAACCCACUGCUACCGGCCCUGAGUAAGAUUAAGGAGAUGGCGAGGAAUGCUUACUCAAUGGCAGGCCGAGCACAAAACCUCAUCAGAGCUCUGACGGAAUCUGUGCGGCAUGUUGCUCGGGUUCUAAGAAAGGUACUGCACUUCUUGGCAGAUAUUGGUGAUGUGUGUAACGACAAGCUGGGUCUGCCGUAUCAGAAGUGCACUAGGCUGUUCGAUGAAGGCCGUGAGAACUGCAUGGAGCUGCUCUCUGUGUUCUCUUUUCUCUGCCACAUCCUAGAUGGAUUCCAGUCUCUCUGCGGGCUCGCACGCGUGGGACAGCUAUUCUGCAUCUUACCAUCAUAUAUUGCUGACCACAUGAAGACUGCUUUGGCUUAUCCAACCAUUGUGGCAUUCGAUCGAAUUAAAAAAGAAUUUGAAUUCAACAUUUCUACCUCCAUCAACUUUGAUCUGCUUCUGAACAACAGUCAGUCCAUGCAGGAUGCUGCUCAGGAGAUCAUGGAGGAGGUGUCUGAGCAGAUGGGCCUCCUCCUGGAGCUCAAGGUCCUACUUGCAUACAUGGGUUUCUUCCUGCUUCUCUUCAUGUAUCUCAAGGCCGUUCUGUACAAAAAUCGAUACCUUCAUAAUGAUAAAUUUGAGAACAUCUACAUAACUGACCAGUUCAUUGAGCUGGACAGGAAGCUCUCCAGACAGGGCAAAGCAGCAGUACUUCCCCUCAGCCACAGAGAAACUCUCACCUACAUCAGGCCCUGCUCUCUGUAUCUGACUGCGAGAGAGAGACGGGCUAUGGCAGGUCAGAUGUUGUCUUUGUUCAGGUAUAUGGUCAUGACAGUAAUACUGAUAGCUGUUGACCUCAUGGUGUUCUGGGUGUUUGAGCUGGUACACCACCAGGCCCAGGGUGAAAUCGUGACCCAAGCUCCUGUAGUGGUUGCAGUACAAGUGAAUGGAUCUGGUUACGCCUCAGAUAUCUUUAGGGACAUUGCAGCCUCUUUUGACAUCCUGCAGAAAGGAAACAUCACUGUGCUUAGCAAGAAAUGUCUCAUGAAUCCUUUGGAGCCAGACUACAUGAGAUACCUGCUCAUUGGUCUUCUUUAUGGCUUCACGCUGUUUAUUGUGAUUGCUGGUGGCUACGUCAAACGUUUACAGAGGUUUGUGUGUGCCAGGUACCAUCCUGAAAGAGAGAAAAAGAGGAUCCAGUACCUCCACAGGCAUAUUCUCACUCAUCGUGGGUCUUUAGGAAAAGCCCUAUUGAGGGCAGUACAACGAAACAAGGUGGACCAGCAAAAUAAUGGCUUUAUACAAACACUGGCCAAACACCUGCCGGGGGGUGUCAUCAUAGCCAGGCUCCUGGAUAUCAAUAAAGAAUCAUGCAUGGCCUGUGGGAAAAUGUUGGAGACGAGAGGUCAUGAUGAUGAAGUGCACAUAUGCCCUACCACUCACUGCACAGGCCGUUACUGCUCGCUGUGCUUCAGACUGAUGGGGAACCUCUGUGCUAUCUGCAUGGGACCGCUUACGUUCCAGGAGGAGCAAGAGCUAGACUCCAGCGAUGAGGAGCAAGCGGAUUUAUUGGAGGCCGCUGUAACAUCACAGCAGACUAGCCAGGGCAUAGAGAUGAAAAAAGUUAUGAUCAGUUUUUCCAAUCAGGAUCAUUCUGUAUGGCUCAAUGGACAAUCUAGCCAUCAAAAUAUAGUUGUCAAUAACAGAGUUUGAGGCCAAAGCUUCUUUUUUUUGUUGCGAAUUUAGAUGUGCAGAGCACCGUUUUCUGUGGUGUUGAAUAAAUGUAUGUUCAACCAG